UCUAGCUCAACCCCGAAUUUAUUCAGUGUCUUUCGGCUUCAGUUAACAUCUUUGUCGCGAAAUCUACUAAUAUUUCUUCUGCUGCGUCGUCUGGCUUUGCGAUUGCGCUAUCCUCACUUUAUUCUGUGUUGCUCUCUGGAAGCAAGUAGCCCCUUGCUUCGAAUUGAUUUCACGGUCCCUCUUCUCCCUUACCUAGACUACGCUCGUUGCUUUCCUCGUUGCUGUCGAUACAAACACCGAGUCGCAAUCUACACUCUCAACCCCUAAUCACCGGUCUACGAUCUCCCCCGCAGUCGCGCAGUAUCCGUCAAGAUGGGCGGCUCAGUGUCGAAGAUCAUGGGCAAAAUUUUUGGAACAAAGGAGAUGCGGAUUCUCAUGCUGGGUUUGGAUGCUGCUGGAAAGACGACAAUUUUGUACAAACUCAAACUCACCAACCAGGAUGUCACCACAAUUCCCACAGUCGGCUUCAACGUCGAAAGCGUCACCUAUAAGAAUGUGAAAUUUAACGUGUGGGAUGUGGGUGGUCAGGACAAGAUCCGUCCUCUCUGGAGACACUACUACUCUGGCACCCAGGGUUUGAUCUUCGUGGUGGAUUCCAGCGACACGGCUAGAAUGGACGAAGCCCGCUCAGAACUUCACAAGAUCAUCAACGACCGCGAAAUGAAAGACGCACUCCUACUGGUGUUCGCAAACAAGCAAGAUGUUCCCGGACACUUGAGUCCGGACGAGGUCAUUAGCGCGCUCAAAUUGCACAGCCUCAAGGAUAAGACCUGGUACGUUGCGCCUAGCGUUGCUACCGAGGGAACUGGUAUCUUCGAGGGAUUGGCAUGGCUUUCAAACAACGUCAAGGUCCAACAACCCCAAAAAUAA